ACAUCACACUCACAUCUCUUCUUGUUUCUUUCUUUCAAAAGUUUUCUGUUCAAUUUAAUGGCGGCUUGUUGUGUCUUCCUCGGAUCGAUUCUCUUGGCCAUAAUCCUCCUGAUCUUCUUCUACCCACCGGGUUUACCUAAGGUCAGUCUCUCUUCCCUCACCGUGACGAAGUUCAACUCCACCGGAGAUCAUAUUUCCGGCUACUUGAAUAUGCAGUUUCAAGUCCUAAACCCAAACUUGGUGACUGAUUUCUUCUACCACGACGUUAACUGCUCAGUUUACCAUGACAAGGACCAUCUGGCCUCGACCAUGUCCCCGGGCUUUGUUCAUCCAGCAAGAGAGACAAGACAGAUCAGUGUCACCGUCCAUCUCACGCCUGGAACUACUGCCAGAGGAAUCGGCGAUGACUUGGCCACUUAUGAUUUUACAGAGUUCGAUGUGAAGCUGACUAUCCUUGUAAAAUCGCUAUUUCGGUCGUCCGAGUUCGUUGAAGUUUCAUGCGAUGACGUGACAGUGGGUCUCCUGCCUACGAUUGGUGGUCACGGCAAGAUGAUUGGUCCGGCAAGGAUCUGUCAGGUGUCCUGAUUUCUUAACCAAAGAGUAUAUAUCUUUGUCCUAAUUUCUCAACCAAGUACAGAUCUUUGACUACGAGCAUGUAAAGACUUGGGAAAUCUUAAUUAUGAAAUGUUAAAGUGUUGCCACUUCAAUACACACAUCGUACUUGA